GAUCAGAACCGCGAGACUUACCCACAGAGCUCAUUCUAGAAGCCACAAGGAUUUCCUGGAACUCAUGAGAUUUAUGCUAGAAGCAAGAGACGCACUUCUGGAAGUUCCCAUUUCUCAAGGCAAUUUUAUAGCUUGGAAAUAUUUGCUGACGUAGAGGCGUAGGCUGAACGCGACUUGCAAUCGUGAUGCUGCUGCUACCAUUCAGUUGCUAGAAUAGAAAGGCAGUGGUCGUGGUUUGAUCACUUACGCCUGACUCCGAAAGUCCUGAUUAAAACAGUGUGUGUUGUUUCUAAAACAUAAACGCUUCUUAAAAAGCAUCAGCAGAGGACGAAGAGCCAUGAAUCCGAGAGUGUCUCAGUUUGUAGUCUUAGCGAUAGGCCUUUGCUGCUUAUCGCUUCAUCAUGUGUGUCUCGCGGCCAACACUCUUGAAGCUUCUAGACCUGAUGGUUCGACCACCAAGAGUCCAGACAGAGCGGAAAAUCCAGCUUCAACUCUAAGCGUUCCAGCUGCACUAUUUGACGCCUCAGUUUCACUGAUCAACGUGCCAGCACCGAUCGUUCUCCCGGUGAAUCUCUCAGCUCAUCUCCGCGAAAGCACAGAGAAGCACAAACUUUCGAGCGAUGCUGGCGGUGACUCGCAGCUUGACGCUCAUUUGGCUCUUGAUUCGACUCAAGAGUCAGCAGCUGGCGCCGAGUUUCAGCUUGACGCUCAACUCCAAGUUGCGCCCGGCGCCGUGCCGGCUGGCCGGGAGGAUCCUCCCGUCGAAUCGCAGCUGGCUUGCGGCGAUCGGGUGGCAGCGGAAGUCGCGGAGUCGAUUCUGAAGGAUGAGGUGGUGCGGCGACUCGACCAGCUCGGAAACGUCAGCGACUCCGCGCAUUACUUGGAGCGCACGUUUCUCAGCGACGCGUCCCUGCGCGCCGCGGCGCUCGUCAGCGAUUGGAUGGAGGAGGCCGGCAUGUACACGUGGAUGGACGCGAUUGGCAACGUGCAUGGCCGCGUGGACGGACCGCAUCCCGACGCGCCUGUGCUGCUAUUCGGCUCGCAUCUGGACACAGUGGUUGACGCUGGCCGGUUUGAUGGAGCCCUCGGUAUAGUCACGGCCGUCGCCGCUAUCAAGCUCUUCGUUAGAGCGUGUGGAGAAGCAGCACUGGCCCGGCCGGUGGAGGUGGUGGCGUUCAGCGACGAGGAGGGCAUGCGCUUCCAGUCCACGUUCCUGGGAAGCAGAGCCAUCGCUGGGACGCUGACCCCUGCGAUGCUGCAGAUGCGGGAUAGACGUGGAGUAAGUGUACAAGAGGCUAUUGAGGCACUUCCAGCAACACCAGCAGCAGCAGCAGCAGCAGCAGCAGCAGCAGCAGCAGCAGCAGCCGGAGCAAGAGGUCCUAGCAAGGCAGCAGAGGGGGGGGCAGGAGUGCAGUCAGCGCUGUACAAGCCCGAGGACGUGUGGGGCUAUGUAGAAGUGCACUUAGAGCAGGGCCCCGUGCUAGAAUCCCUAGGAGAGCCGCUGGGAGUAGUGGUGGGGAUUGCAGGGCAGACACGGGCGGAGGUGACUAUAGAGGGCGAUCAGGGGCACGCAGGGACGGUGCCCAUGCGCCUGAGGCGGGAUGCAGUGGCCGGGGCUGCUGCUGCCGUGGUGGCUGUGGAAUCGGUUUGCGUGGGAAUUCUGAGGGCUGAGGAGGAGGGAUUGGGAGGGGAAAGGGAAGGGAGCAGCGAUGCCAGUGGCAGGGACAGUAGGAGUGGGGUUGGGAGUGGGGUUGGGAGUGGGGUUGGGAGUGGGUUGGUGUGUACGGUGGGAAAGCUGGUGGUGUGGCCGGGGGAGAGCAACGUGAUAGCAGGCAGGGUGACGUUUACCCUGGACGUGAGGGCGCAGGGCAACGGCGUGAGGCGCACUGCUGUGGAGGGAAUCGACGUGGAGAUAAGGCGGAUAUGCGACGAACGAGGGCUGUCAUGCCGACUCUCAGUCAAGCACCAAGCCGACACUGUCGACUGCUCUCCACCCCUUGUCUCCAUGCUCCGACAAGCAGCUCUCACCACUCUCGCUGCGGCUGAGCCUGCUACUCCUCCUAUAAGUGCUGCCAGUUCUGCCAGUGCUGCCAGUACUGCCAGAGCCAGCAACAGCUCUGAUUCCUGUGCUGCUGACGGGAGUAGUUUGCCUGGGGGCAUGGCACGGCCAAAUCCUGGGCUGUGUCCGUCUGAUGGCACUGCUGAUGCUGCCACGGGGGCCAACGACGCCGAGAUUUGCAGCUCCGGUGGCAGCAACAGCAGUUCUGCUGGAUGUGACACGUGCGGGAGCGCGGGCCGGGCGCAGAGGCAUCUAGUGCCCCGGCUGGUCAGUGGAGCCGGGCAUGACGCCAUGGCCAUGGCGGACCUUACACAGGUGGCGAUGCUCUUCGUACGCUGUAGAGGGGGUGUCAGUCAUCGGCCGGAUGAGUUUGUGUCUCCUUAUGACUUGCAUAUGGCGUCCAGCACUAUUUUUGGGUUGCUAUCCAUUGACGGAAUUUAUUCAGAUUGAGUUUUCAAAGGGGGCGUCUCUCUGUACAUUGUCCGAAGUGGUGCCAACUUUUGCGUUAAAACUCGACGCGAAGGGUGAUAAAGGCAGCGUUAAUGAUGCAAUUGCCAUUUUCCAUAACCUUCAAGCAACAUAAUAUGCUAGUUGCUGUAUUUCUCGAACCUUCUAAUCAGUUAGUUACUCCUCGUCUAUAUCUCCUAGAUCUUGUCUCUCCGUCUGUCCCUCCCUAGUCAUUUGAUUUGACCUCUCUCUUGGCGUUCCGCCAUUGCAGCCUCCCUCCCCUCCAUGAUCCCGUGCCUGCUGUGGUGCAAAGCAACCACACGGAAAGCGUUUGUACGGCCACGAUUUGUUCGUGCAUUCAGCAAGUGAGGAGGAGCAACAUCUCCGGUCCACAAGCCAGCCAGCCAACUGGUCCCUCCUUAUCCCUGCAAGCUCGUUAUCCCUGCAAGCAAGAGUCGUUUCCUCGUGAAUCGUGAUGCGAUGUGAUUGUGCCUGUCUCCCUUUCUGCAUCCAUCACCACCAUGUCUGACGAGAAUCGUUAGGUGCGUCGCUGCAGUCGCUGCGAUUAGAUCGAGAAAUUUCACCCGAGCGUGCCGUUUCGCUCCAGGAUUUUAGACUGCCUGUGCUGUGCUUGUUGACAUGUGGCGGCUGGCUCCAUGCACACGUGUUCGAGUUCAUAUCAGGAUUUAGGACUCACUUAAUAAUUGGUCAAGAUUUUCGCUUAGCCGUGAGAUUAAAGCUCGCUUCGUGACGCAGGAUUUGACAGUUUCAGGUCUUGGUGUUCAGCCUUUCAGAUCUAGUCCGUCGGCUAGGUUUAAGUUUCGUGUCGUAGUAGACGGUUCGAGUCCUUAUGAAUUCGGUAGCAAUGGGUAAGAGUAGUAACGACAUCUAUCAAUACAUUAGGGAUUCUCUAGGAGUCGCGCAGCUGGUCUUAUCCCCGUCCGACUUUCGAAUCGUCGCCGCGAGUAAAGCCGCCGUCGCGCUCCUGGGAGCGUGCUGCGAAGCGCACCUCUUCGAUUUCCACAUCUCCGCCGUAUUCACUCCUGACCCCG